UGCCAACUGCAGUUUAACUCCAAAGAAGAAGGAUUCCUCAACGUUAGCCCACGUGGGUUGUUGUUUCGAAGGAAUCCGCGCUAGUUUAGCACCAAUAACAAGAAAAUCAUGGGGAAAAAUAAACAGACGAAACCCGCAGAGGCAUUUAAACAAGGAGCUACGACUGGGCAAUAUCCAAGCAAGAAGCCUAAACGAGAUGGCAAGCCCAGACAGAAGGAACAUCUUGAGCAGAUUCCCUUCCGCCUUCGAGAGAUUAUGAAAAGCAAGGAGAGGAUGAAGAUGGGGCCCAGCAAGACCAAGAAGAUGAAGAAAGCUGACGCCAUCGUCCUCACUCCCAAACCCAAGCCAGGGGACGCUACAAUCGGAGAUAUCCCUGUUCCACACUUCCGUAGAAAGAAGAAAGAGAGUGAGAAGGCAUACCUGCGGAGGAUGGGCAACGAGGCGCAGCACGUCCUCUUCCUCACCAAGAACCAGAUAGAGAGACAGCCGGAGAGGGAGCUAGAGGAGCAGGAGAAACCUGCUGGCACCGGGAAAUGCAAGUCUGACAAGAAGAAAGAAUAUGAUAAAAGCCGGCUGGACAGGCUACAUAAGAAGAAACUGGACAGGCGGGAAGAGAAGGCAGAAAACGACAUGUUCAUAGAUGAAGUUGCCUUUGGAGAAGUUGCCAUGGCACCACCGACUCUGAGUAUCAAGCCCAGGAAGGCACUGAUCAAGCCCCAGGGUGUGUGUAAGGGUCUCCUGCUGAACUCUCUGCUCGGCCAGACCCAGUUCUCCACAGCCAAGCCAUCCAUGGCCAGGCAGAGGAUGAUGGAGGAGGAGAGGCAGCGGGUGGUGCAAGCCUACCGCCACCUGAAGAAACAGAAGCAGCAUCAGCAAGAGGCCAAAGCAGCUGGGAUAGAGAAGCUAAAGAACCUCCAGUGAGACUCCAGUGGUCCUAUUCUCUGCCUUGCUCCCCCAAGGUGUGCACUUCUCACUUACACUGUCCAAAUAGAGUGAUGCAACAUUUUUUUAUGUGGCUCUAUACUCCAGCUAUUUUUAUUUGAGAUCAGGUGACAGUAUUCCAAUAUUCCUUGUACACAAUGACUACAUCAAGCUUGUGACUCUACAAACUUGUUGGAUGCAUUUACAGCUUGUUUUGGUUGUUUCACAUUACAUGUUGUCCAAUAGGAAGUGAUUGGUGAAUAAUGUAUUUUGUUUGACUCACUUUUAUUGUAAGACUAGAUUACGUUUGUGAACACUUCUGCAUUAAUGUGGAUGCUACCAUAAUUAUGAAUGAAUGAUCAGUGAGAAAGUUAGAGGGUCAAAGAUCAUACCCUCCAAAUAUGUUUGUCACCCAUUAUUGGGAAUGGUGAGAGCUUGACAUGCUUUGUUUUAGCCUCUAACUUUCUCACUCAUCAUUAUUCAUGAUUAAGUCAUGUUUUUUCUUAAUCAUGGCAUUAUCAGGAUUGAUUUAGAAGUGUUCAGAAACAUCUUAUCUACUCACUUAGAAAAUAAAAUGACUCCUUUCAGUAAAUCAGAUAAAUAUGAAAAUACCCUCAAAUUAGAGGUGACAUUCUGUACUGUCACCUGAUAUGAACAUUUUAUCUCAAAUCCAAAAUGCUGGAGUAUAGAGACACAUUUUAAAUUGUGUGGACUGGUGUAAGAAAUAUGGUGGAAAGUCUGUAAACCCCUGUAGCCUAUGCUUAAAUCAAUGCUUUUUAAUUAAAUGGAGGUGAGUGAGGAAGUGCACAUUUCAGGGUGAAAGAUUGGGAAUUUGGCUGCAUUGAAGAUGAAGCACCAAAUCUAAGUGGAACCACAUGGAGGGGACAAGGGUUAGCUCAUCUGAUCACCAAGCAGUUCAUAUUCCUUUCCCAAUCUACAGUGAGUUUUUGUGGACACUGGGAUGGAUUCUGGCUAGUAUUGAAAGGACCAGACCUGCACAUAUGGACUGAUUCACUGUUUCUCCUUGAAUAAGUAGCUUUCCUUCCUACCUACCUGCAGGCCUUGCCAUUUA